CUCUCGCACUGGAUGGAGCUGAACUUUGGGCGGCCAGAGCAGCGCGGCCGUCCGGGGAUUGCUGUAUGCUGAGCUCCCUCGUCGAUACCCAGCCGCGGCUCGGGAUUUUUGGGGGGGCGGGGACCAGCUGCGCGCCGGCACCAUGUUCCUGGCGACCUUGUACUUCGCGCUGCCGCUCCUGGACGUGCUGCUGUCGGCCGAGGUGAGCGGCGGGGACCGCCUGGACUGUGUGAAAGCCAGCGACCAGUGCCUCAAGGAGCAGAGCUGCAGCACCAAGUACCGCACGCUGAGGCAGUGCGUGGCGGGCAAGGAGACCAACUUCAGCCUGACGUCCGGCCUGGAGGCCAAGGACGAGUGCCGCAGUGCCAUGGAGGCCCUCAAGCAGAAGUCGCUCUACAACUGCCGCUGCAAGCGGGGUAUGAAGAAGGAGAAGAACUGCCUGCGCAUCUACUGGAGCAUGUACCAGAGCCUGCAGGGAAAUGAUCUGCUUGAAGAUUCCCCUUACGAGCCAGUUAACAGCAGAUUGUCUGAUAUAUUCCGGGUGGUCCCAUUCAUACCAGAUAUGUUCCAGCAAGUGGAGCCCGUGCCCAAGGGGAACAACUGCCUGGACGCCGCCAAGGCCUGCAACCUCGACGACACCUGCAAGAAGUACCGGUCCGCCUACAUCACCCCGUGCACCACCAGCAUGUCCAACGAGGUCUGCAACCGGCGCAAGUGCCACAAGGCCCUGCGGCAGUUCUUCGACAAGGUCCCCGCCAAGCACAGCUACGGGAUGCUCUUCUGCUCCUGCCGGGACAUCGCGUGCACCGAGCGGCGGCGGCAGACCAUCGUGCCCGUGUGCUCCUACGAGGAGAGGGAGAAGCCCAACUGCCUGAAUUUGCAGGACUCCUGCAAGACGAAUUACAUCUGCAGAUCUCGCCUUGCGGAUUUUUUUACCAACUGCCAACCGGAGUCAAGGUCCGCCAGCAGCUGUCUGAAGGAAAACUAUGCCGACUGCCUCCUCGCGUACUCAGGGCUUAUUGGUACAGUCAUGACCCCCAACUACAUAGACUCCAGUAGUCUCAGCGUGGCCCCGUGGUGUGACUGCAGCAACAGUGGGAAUGAUAUAGAAGAGUGCCAGAAAUUUUUGAACUUCUUCAAGGACAAUACUUGUCUCAAAAAUGCAAUUCAAGCCUUUGGCAAUGGUUCUGAUGUGACCGUGUGGCAGCCAGCCCUCCCAGUUCAGACCACCACUGCCACCACCACCACAGCCUUCCGGGCCAAGAACAAGCCCCUAGGGCCAGCAGGGUCUGAGAAUGAAAUCCCUACUCACGUUUUACCACCUUGUGCAAAUUUGCAGGCCCAGAAGCUGAAAUCCAAUAUGUCGGGCAGUACACACCUCUGUCUUUCUGAUCGUGAUUACGAAAAGAAUGGUCUCGCUGGUCCUUCCAGCCACAUAACCACAAAAUCAAUGGCUGCUCCUCCACGCUGCAGUCUGAGCCCACUGCUGGUUCCGGUGGUCACUACCCUGUCCACCUUAUUGUCUUUAUCUUUGGCAGAAACAUCGUAGCUGCAUUUGAACAACAAUAUGGACAUGUAAAAAGACAAAAACCAAGCUAUCUGUUUCCUGUCCUCUUGUGUAUCUGAAAUUCCAGUUUUAGGAGCCCAGUUGAGAUACUGAGAAAACAGUUUCAUCCAACUGGAACUUUAUCUUUUGCUUCUUCUUCUUCUUUUGUUUUUCUUUUGCUUUUUUGUUUUUGUUUUUGUUUUUUUGUUUUUAAGAAAUCUUCUUGUGAUCCUUAGGGCUUCUGUGGGCUACCCAAUACAGUGCUACAUUCCAUACUGAAAAGGCUUUGGGGCCUGCUGUGUUGUCGAGGGGCAGUGCGUGAAUUUGGCUAUAAAACCAACUGGGCCCAUGUUCAACGUGAUGAUGAUGAUGGGGAUGAUUUUAACAAUUUAAUUCUGACCUUUCCUAGCAAGAGAAGGACUUAGUAUUUCUAAAAAAUCUUCCGUAUCUCCUAUAAUGGCUUUGGUUUCUGAUGACAUCACUUUAGCCUACCACGGGUGGAUGCAAGCUUACUUUGUCACAAAGCAAAGAUUCUCAUCCAGAGGAUCUUGAUGGACUUCGUGCAAACAAGCUUGCUCCAGUGUUCCCCUUUCUAUAUGUACUGGCAUUUUCCACACUGUUUGCGUACUGUGAAGAGUUUUACACUCUCCUACCAAACAAAAGACACCUGUCUCAUCCAGAUGUAGUGUCUGUCUUCUAGUCAGAAUAGAGGGGUGAGUGUGAGUGAAACUUCACAGUACCUUGAUCACUGAAAGACCUAAGCCUUACCUGAGGGAGAAGCCCUUUCACUAACAAGAGUCAAAUAUAGCUGACAUGUCAUUCUAAUACUCUUUACAUGUAUGAGGUUAUAUGUAGAAAAAAAUUUUACUACUAAAUGAUUUCAACUAUUGGCUUUCUAUAUUUUGGAAGUAAUGAUAUUGUCUUCAUUUUUUUACUGAUGAUUUAAUACAAAAUACAUGGAGCUCGUUUUCCUCUCCUAAAUAGUGUUAGCUCCAAUAUUAACUUCACGAAGACAGCUUUUCAGAAGCAGACCCUGAGGAGCCUCGUGCUUUAGCAGAAAGCUCUGCAUCACGUAACUGUGGACAGGCAGGAGGAAACAGAGCAGCCAAGUGUUGUCUUUUGUCAUUUUUUGAAACACAAGCUUGCAUACCUGUGAGGAAACUGGCGGCCCCUUGUAGAUGCGCUGCAGCGGCCGACGGCAUGCGUGCCGGUUGACAUAAUCCAGGACCUCAGCUUCCAUGUUACUUGCCACAGGCCGGUUUGACUGGGCUGGGGGACAGGAACGUGCCACCCUCUCUUCUGAAGCUGAUCCAUGCCGGGGUACACAGUUGUUUUCCUAAGGGUUGUACUCAGCGGUGAUGACCUGCCCACUGUUUAGAGGGAUUUAGUCCGAAGGUCAUCAGGAAUCAACUCGCGUCUUGUUAUGUGUCCUCCAUGACAGCUGGGGACUGACCAUGUGGAAAGAAAGGCUUGUGGAUCAAGAAGACCAACAAUAGGUGUGUAGAGAUGAGUUGGCCGGCAAAAGAUACGCGGACCAGAACAGGAUUCUGGAAACAAGGCGUGUGGCUUUUUCUCCGCACAUCACUUCCAUCAUUCUCCAUCCUUAAACAAGUAGACCUUGAAGUGUGCUUUUGAAGUCUGGUUGAUGGUGACAUUCAGAAUCUACAGUGAUCGAGCGCUAGGAGCCAUGCUUCUCCAACACUGAAUAGAUAAGAGGAGUAUCCACCCAACUGGAGUGCUGGGAGCAUUACUUCUCCCCACAUCAGUAGAGGGGCUGGAGGAGGAACCCAAGGUGCACAGUUCAUACUGAUCCCCUUUGCCCGCUGAUGUUUGCCUUGUAAGAAUUAAUCAAAUCACUGGGGUGGGAAAUCUAUUCAAUCCAAGAUAAAGGCAUAGUCUUUUAGCUCUGUUGGUGUUUGAAGUACAUUUAUAUCCAAAUGUUAAUAAACAUAAAUGUAUAAUACUAAGUUCCGUGUUUUUUCAGUUCAAAAUGUUUCCAAGGAAAAUUCAUCAAACAGAUUUGAUUAGUGAAAGGUUUCAUGAAGACUCUUUCUUUGAAUAAACAACGUUAAAUGUGUCGGAACAUUUGGAAUUCCGGUCCUCUAUGAAAGCCUAUCUCUUACAGAGCAUAUUUUGUUUUAAUUAAGGUAUCUCUGUGUAUCUACACUAGACUAAUUGCAUAUGGGUCUGAUUCUAUGUGAUCUACUGUAGAAAGCUAUUGAUUCCUUCUGCGGUAAGCAGCGGUUGUAAUUAGCUUCAGAUGACCGGAGAGGAAAUAGGAGUUAUCAGAGCUAACAAGGGUGGCCUUCAGUGAUGAACACGGGGAUGUGCAACCCAUAAAUUAAAUUUGGGAAAGCCUCAUCGAUCACCAACAAAGAUCUCAUUUUUCUUCUCAGAAAGAAGCAUAUUAGAGUUACCAAAUUCUAAAUUUGAAAAUAAAUUGCUGAUGAAAUAAACAGGGAGAAAGGUUGUUCGAUGACAACCCAUUAGAGAGAUUCUUACAAAUUCAUGCCAAGCGGGUGUUUCUGCCAUUCAGCGUGAUUCCCAGUUUAACACAGUGGACCCGAAACACCAUCAUCGCUUGCCAUGGGACUAAAGCGGGCAAGUGACUUAAAUCUUUGACUUCCUUGUGCAGCAAUACUCAAUACUGACAUUAAAAAGCAUUACUUCCUGUCCCUCAGUCCCUGCAUUUGGGAUAUCACCAGAUAUGUAAGGGCAUCUUUCUGCAGAAAGCAUCUCAUUGUAGCUGAUUUUGACAACACAGAAACAGUAGGUCCUAGUAGGUCUUAGGUCCAUGUAGACUAUGGUCAAGACUUGACCAUAGGUCAAGUCUAGCCAUGCCCUGCUGCUUAUUGAGAGAAUGAAAAAAAAAGGGCACUACUGCCAAACUGAUUGGAAGCACAUUCAUUCUAAGUUGGCGUUGAGCAUCUUUAACCAAUAUCUAUUUGAAUAUCUUUUGAAUAGAGCACAUGAAGGAAGAAGUGCACAAUACAGAGAAGGAUUCAGAAUGCCCCUUCCAUGUUUAUUUUCCCAUAUCAGAAUUUUUUCAAGCCCCUAGAGUAUGAGUUAAGAAUUACACAGAUUAUUUUUAUUAAGUAUAGUGAACUGUAUCCAGACUCUAAGAGGAGUGUGGUUUUCAUUAAAAAAAAUAUGUAUUUAAUAAUUCUUUAUCUUAUAGUAAAAUAUGUCUUGGAAGCAAUCUUCAAGUUAAUCAAAUAUGGGACAGGGUUUCUCCAGAGCUGCUGUGGCCUUGAAUUUGGUCUCUGUGAAGACUGCUGGUAUCGUCCAUAUGCUCCGAGGAUGGGUCCUCUACAAUGGCAUCCUGUCGCCCAUUUGUCCCUUUGUACUCCAUCUAAAGUUGACACUCCCAAACACUCCAUCUGCUGAACUGGGAAGGGAGGAGAGGGGAAGCAUUUCUGAGUCAGUGUUAAGUGCUUAUUGGGAAAAGAGAUCUGAAAGCAGUGGGAGUUUGUAUAAUUAGCAAAUUCUUUUCUUAGAAUCUAGCAAAAAUGUUUUUCUGUUGUUACUAUUUACAAAACAGUGGCCUUGGAGGAGCUAUUGUUUGGAAAAUAAGUUUUCAUUCAUGCAGUCCGACAUGCGUGACUUAUUUGAGUCAAUAAACUGUAGACCAGAAAAGGGCUGCUUAAAUGCAUUCGCAUUUUCUAUUUCCCUUUCAACGCUGUUCUUGAUCUCCUGGAGUCAUAUCCCUGUGAUUUUUGUUGCUUCUGUUCUUUGAUUAAGCAAAUGAGACUAUGGGGGACCAACAUUUUUGAGAAGGACCAAAAAGCAAUGGCAACAGAUGGGCGUGAGUUACCAAGGGGCUGGGAACAGGGAGGACAGAAGGACCCAUCUGCCCUCAACUCAGGAAGUUGGGAGAGAUGAAGAGCAAAAAUCAAGGCACGGCAGGAGGCCAGGCGCCAUGGGUUUAAGUGUCCUGCAGUCCCCUGGUGUUCCUUUCUGAUCCAAAUAGGAGCUUCGUCCUCACAAGAAUAGCGGAGUCCCUUGAAUUAGACAGCCGUGUCUUGGUAAGCAAGCCGGAGCUGGUAUCUGGACAACAUGGGAAGUCAUUUCCUUUUAGAAAUUCUAAAACUGUAGAACAACUGAGGAUUCAUUCAGAAACCCUUAGCAGCUAUGUUUUCCUCUCAUCCCUAAGAGAGGCAUCUCAUGUACGUAUCUGACACUUCCUGACUCUGACCCAACUCUUCUUCUCGAGUGACCAUUUGUUCUGAGUCUCUUGUCUAGAAUUCUCCUUGAGGACUCUACAUCAGAACACGUUCUCCCGGCGGAGGCUUUCAGUCUGUGGUUUUGCCGCUGCCUCCCUCCUGGGCUGUGCCUGUCUGGGGGGCCAUCUCAUUUCACGAGGAUGGGCCGACUCUGAUCCCUUUCACGUCGAUUAUGGGGGCCCCAGUGCCCAUUCCUGUUCUUUAUCACUUAACAGUUUAACAGGGUCCCCUCCCGUCGAUUUUUCAUCCGAAUCAUUCUAAAUGUAGUCCUGCCCAGAUUCACUCUUCUUCUGCCAGAUGCCCACUGUACACGGAACCCUGGCUUUUUGAAGACAGACAAGCCUCUCUCAGGAGUCAGGCAAUCUGAGGGUGAUGUUAAUCCCCCAAGCAGGAAGCUCCUCCAUCCAGCCCUCCCCUCUUCCGAGCUUCCUCUCCUUAGCCAUGGGAUGGUCUUCUCUGCUCAUCCUCACCAGGCAUCCCUUGGUUGUUCCCAGUGCUCUCUGAUGUGCUCCUCCCUCCCCGCUCCUGGAGACAGCCUGGGGUGGUUCAGCGGGAAGCAUCACCUGCGCUUCUGAGUGCUCUGAGAUCCAGCCCAGACGGGUGGGGAGGCGCGCGAAUCCUGUUUCAAUAAACUGCCUGCAGAGAACCGCAGCCCGUUACCAGUCAUUGAGGUCCUCACCCCCUGAGGUCUCCAGGCUCGUUCGACCAGCGCAGCUGCGACUUGGGCUGUCUGCCCCUGGCAGGUGCCAACAUCAGCGUCUUGUCUCCCUGCCAUCAGGAGUUUAUUUUUGCUCCCGGGCAGCUGCCAAACCCAGCACCAGCGUCAAUAAAAGGUUUUCUCGGAUUUUCUUCUCUUCAUCCCAGCCUGCGUUUUCUUACCAUUCCCACUUCUGUUUCAUAAAGAAUACCAAGAUUCUGGCCAGACACCAUCAGCCUCUUCUUCCGUCUGAACAUCUCUUCCUGGAGCUCCCCCCAGAUUGCCCUGAGAGGAAGCACGCCUCACGGUAGGUACUUAAACAACGUUGGGUGAAUGAAAACUUUGGGGGCAUCGAAAGGCUUCAUUCUGUAACACGGUAGCAAGAACUGGUCCGCCGGCCUUGUCUCGCCAGCGCUGAGCUCUUGGACACGACAGCAAAGGCUACUGAGGCAGACCUGGAAGGAAGUGUCGAACACAGUAUUAGAAUCAAAGCAGCUUUAAAUCUGCUGACCGUGUUUUUUGCUGAGAGAUGAAAAAUGAGUGUUUGUCCCUAGGACGAGCUGAGCAGGACCAGCCAGUCCCAGAAAAGACAGGACCCCAAAUGGGGCGAACUGAUUUCAUGGGAAAUUAGCCCACGAGUCUGCUGAUAUUUCAAUCUGCGUCAAGUGCAGGAUGCUGGCUGGAAAGGUGGACCGCUCCACCAAGCCCGGACCAAGCCCGGUCCUGUGCCAGCAUCCUGAGAAGCAAAGAGGUGGUCUUCAAUCACGGCAUCUAUGGACCAUCUGCUCUAGCACGGCGAACCCUCCUUCAGGACCGAACCUCCUCCACGAGUAACUUGAGAGGACAAGGCCGUCUGACAGCGGCCUGCGGAAUCAACCAUCUUUUCCAGAUGGCAGAAUCCUUCAUUUUAACAUCCUUCAGAGAAUCUAAAUUCUCACUGUAGGUCGUACAAGAAGUCGCCUUCCAGACUCGGUCCUUAAGAAGUCGCAAGCAACAGGCACAGCUCAAGCAACACGGAGAAGGGGGUCAGACUGCCACAGGGAACCAAGUGGGGUCACCCUUGGAGGCCUCAGAGGGCCGUGAGCAUGGCCAGGUGGCCAUAUCCGGGGCACUGGCCCAGGUGUCAGGCACCAGCCGUGGUGCAGGUGGGAACAGGAGACGCGAGAGCUGCUCUAGCGCAGGAAAGCAGGCAGAGCAGUGCUGGUUCAAACAGCAGAACUUUGAAAGUACGCAAAGACCUUGAGUGGCAGCAAAUAUAACCCAGGUUACAAGACAAGAGUAAAGUAGGGUAAAGAAUUGGAACACCCAGGCGAUGCCGUGGGUAGAAGAAACGCACGGCUCUUUUGAGUGGCUAAAGGUCUGUCACCUGUCCCUGGGGCCCGGCAGCAGGACGUCUGACACUUACCCACCACCAAAGCUCCUUUUCUCUCUCCGUGUUACAACUUCCGCAGGGCUGCGGGAUCCGCCAUGGUCUUCCUGGUAUGCAGAGUGUGCUUGAUCUGGAAUCUGCCUUUUUUAUUUUUUAGCUUUAGCCAAAAGCAUUUCUGAAAUGUGGGAAAGAGAGAGAAUGGGGAACUGGAGAACCCACUCACGAUGGCCCUGCCUUAUGUGGCUGCGAUCUUCUCGUAAUGAGACUUUUCUAGACUCAGAAAUAGCUGUUUGUCCUCAGAGGGUUGAAGGAAUGGUUUCAGAAGCCUGAAAUCCAGGGCCUUCUAUUUCUUCUAAUUAUCUCUCUUUUCUCUCUCUUUCUCCCCCAAGGGAGGAGGGGGGAAUGCUUUUCACCACAGAGUUUUCUUUAAAGGGUUUUCUGUUCUCCUGUGCGCCAUCCCUUAGAUAUUGAAAUUAUUUUCUCUUGUUUAAUCCACCUCCCGUGGAGAAGCUGUGUGAGAUUCGGGGUGUGGGCUUUCAAGUUUAUUCUUUUAGAUGGUGUUGCAUUUUUACUCCUAACCACAGGGUAUGUCUCAGCUUCUGUUCCUUCUGUUUCAUGUAGGUUAGCCAGCCAUGAGGAUUUGGGUUUUUAGGAUGGCUUUAGACUUCUGUCAAACACCCAGCCUCGUCAGAGCUGGGGUCAGGGCUGUAGUGAGCUUCACGGAAGCCUCCAGUUAGGAUCGAGAUGAGUGAUUUCCCUCCUGGCCUCCACUUGCCAUCGUGUGUUUCUUGAGUUUCCCACUCGUACCAAACAACACCUGUAUCUCAUUGCCGUGUGUCCCUGCUUUCCUGCAGCACCUGUGUGUUUUCCGGGGCCAUCCCCACACGGCUCCCUCAGACCGCUGUCUGCAGCGUCCUUUGCCACAGACACCCAUGGAACAACACCUACAUAGAGAAGUACAAGUUUUGCUCUUUGGACUUUGGAAGUGGUUUUGUGAUGUUUGGAUUUUCUGUUAACAUAUUGCUCGAGCACUAUAGAAUGUACGUAUGUAAUCUGUUCAGGGGUCCUCCACCCCAGGAUACCCUAAUAAACAUUGUUUUCUUUUUUUAAAAAAAACAAACAAAACAAAA